AAUCGAUCUAUGGGAACUUUCAAACCAACCAGAGACCCACAAGCUGCCAAUAUCAAGCAAUAGAAGCCGAUGAAGGCAUAAAUUCCGAUUCUAAACCUAGCAGGCUGUUGCAGCAGCAAAUGCAUCGAUGCAUCGCGAUGCGCGCUGUUGUGUCACGUGCUAGACAAGGCAUGGCUCUCUACUCAGGGUAGAAAUCGAUCUAGCCGUCGAAUGAGGGGCCUGAGGCCGAAGGGGUGGGGGGCAGACCACUUUGAACUCAUAUAUCAAACUCCCCCACCCCUAGCUGGACGGAAACAAGAUGGGGUAGAGGGACGAAUGUGACACAUUGGCACUAUGGGGCGACGUUCGUAUUGCCGCGAACGCUCAGCCGCCGCGUGUUUGUACCGCGAUUGAAGAAGACCAAACUGACGGGGGCUGGUCUGCUCUGGAAUCGCGAGGUGGGAAAAAAAGAGGGCAGAAAAUAGAGUAAACACGUCAAUUCACCCUCACACGCGACUGGCCAUGGCCUACACACCACGCGCGCCCCAUGUCACCCGCAUGUCACCAACGGAACGGCAUCCAACGGUGUGUGUGGUAGGUGUAGCGUUUUUUGUUGUUGUUCUUGGCACAUCAGAGGGGUUGGUGCGGUGAGGAGCUCACCACCUUAUCUACGUGUCCACUGCACACGACUGUAGUAUCAACCAGCUGUUUCAACCGGACCCGGAUAGAUCGCGCGCACACUUGCCCCUCAGUAUCAUUCCGACUGCCGGCAGCAGGUAUCGCGAUUCGAAUUGCCAGACUGCAAUUGCCCCAAAAAAAAAAAAAACGACCAACACAGUAACGAUUGGCUAAGGUGGCGCCAUGUAUGGUCAAGGUGGACGAAAGGAUAGGGUGACGUUCCGGUUACCUCCUUCGCGACAUGGAUCUCGUGGUUCGCUCGUGGCCACCGAUCGUUCAUCGUCCUCAUCGGUGGCCGACCAGAAUCAGGUUCCUGAACCAAUUCAGCUCGUACGCGUCAUCUUACGAAAUUUCUUUUUCAGGGAACUACCGGAACAUCAUCUGGACUUGGCGACGAUGGCCGGAAUUACCACUGGUGCGAUGAGUCUCGUCUCGAAGGGGACUAACGAUGUCGGCGAUACCUGCGAUGCCGUGCCACAGAUAGCGACGACCGAGCUGAAUGGAUCAAGUGCUAAUCCGGAGGCGAUCGCUAGUACCUCAGAACAGCCUCAGCCUGUCGAGGACGAUGGAGCCGUUGGCGGAAGAUCUUCGCCAUCUUCGACCAUCGUCGUACCGAUCGAGCUGAAUAAUCUGAACGGUGGUGAUGUUGCCAACAAGGAAAAAGAGAUCGCAACCAGCAACCAAUUCGAGGCUUUGACAUUGAUAGACGAAGAUGAAGAACCGGAAGUAAAGGAUCGUAACUGUUCAAAUGCACAAUCCUCUUCGUCGUUGCUGUCAUCAAAUAACGAUAAUCGCUCAGUAGAGAACGUACACAAUGGCAGCACGUUGGCCAUAGGAGAGCAGCCCCAGGCCCAACAGAAUCAGCAGCAGAAGCAACAGCAGCAGCAGCAGCAGCAGCAUAGCCGACAGCGUCGUCGCAGUACUGCUUCCAAAAAGAACAGCGCCGAUGAGGACAUCGAUUCGAUUGAUCGGGCCGACAGUGCGGUCGAUAUGGUCCGGGCGCUUGCGGAACGCGAGCCACAUCUCUUCGAGUAUCUGAACAAUGGUGUUCCCUAUCUGAAGCGCAAACCGAGAACGCCGUGCGUGGUGAUGAUGAAGAAGGAGCGUCGCAGAAAUCGGUCCCGCAAGCGUUCCACUGUCCGGCGUCGCUCGCAACAGGCUUGCGGUCUUCAAGCCAUGAAGCCGGCCGAAAAACAGGAGCUGCUGGACGAGGUUGAUGGAAAAAAGAAAAAGGACCCAGAUGAUGCUGCCGUCGAGUGUCUCUACUGGUCGCUCGUCUGCUGGGAUUGUAAUAUUUUGUAGAAGGGCAAACAGAAGGCGUAGAAGUGCAGACACAAAGGCCAGCGAGAACCGCAUGAAUGUAAGUUAUUGAAAGGCGAACAAUAGGAAGAGCGAGCAUGAGUCAUCGACACGCUCGCGUUAGAGGUAGUAUGUGGUAGAGAGAUGGUCACCCGACGUUUAUCUCGUUUAGGUUAAGACGACAGAGUAGGCAACAUCUUGCAAGUGCGUUCCGUCAUGACUCCAAUGGUCACUUUGCUCAUGAAAAAGCACAGUAGUUUACAGUGAUACUCAAGGGUCAGCGAGACUCUCAGGCAAGUCUUGCCAAGGCAAUAGCUAGUAAUCUCAGUAUUUGGAUCCAUGUGUUGUAAAUCACAGAAACCAAGCCCGUUUUUGAAUUAUUUUUUUUCAUUAUCAACAGUACACAUAGGACUGCGAUAGAGUGAGAGAGAGGAGGAAGUAAUUUUGAAAUAAUGUUUGGAACUAUUUAUAUACGCGCACGCGAAUGAAAGUGGAGCAUUGUGCUCGCCCUUUUCUAUAAAGUUUAAACGAAAAACAUAAUGAAGAUCGUCUACAAUAGC